AUGUGGGUGUUCGGGGGCUACGGCAGCAGCUCCACCUACUACAACGACACCCAUCGCUUCUCCCUGGAGGAGCACAAGUGGGAGUGCGUGCUGGCGGCAGGGCGCUCGUGCUCGCCGGUGGGUCGGCAUUCGCACGUGGCCGUGGUGCACGCGGACUCCAUGUACGUGUUCGGGGGCAUCUCCCGCGCCAAGGGCAACGCAGAACUCAACGACCUCCAUCGCUUCGCCUUCCGAGACAAGUGGUGGACCAAGGUGGCGGCGCUGGCGGAGAGGAGCGGCUCGCUGCCGAGUCCUCGGUGGGGUCACACGGGGGUGUGCCACGAGGGUGCUCUCUACGUCUUUGGCGGCUUCGCCGGCACCUACUCCGCUGAACUGUGGCGCUUCACAUUCAAAACGAGCACGUGGGAGCUGAUAGAGCCGCAUGGCUCGUGCCCCUCGCCGCGGCACCUGCACGCAGCCACGGUGUACGAGGGCCGGAUGUACGUGGGUGGCGGGUACAGUCGCGUCUUCCACGGCGAUCUCUUCGAAUACGACUUUGGCACGGGGGUGUGGACGCGGCUCUCGAGUGAUGCGCCGGCACUGCGGGGCCACAGCAUGACGGGGUGGAAGGGCCACCUGUACGUCUGCGGUGGGAGGGAGCAGAAGGGCAAGCAGCACAAGGCCACCACGACCACGACCACGACCACCACCGGCAGCAGGUUCUGCUCCCUCUACCGCUACAGCCUCCAGCACGACCGAUGGGAAAAGGUAACGCCUUUCGUAGGCGAGGGCGACGAGCUUCCGCCGGCGAGGCACUUUCACAGUGCCGUGCUCUAUAAGGGCCUCUGGUAUCUCUUUGGCGGCAUCACCGCCCUCAACAGCAACGACGUCGUGCGGUAUUGCUUCGAAAAGGUGGAAGGGCGAGUGCUGGCGAGCAGGCGCGUGGCUGGGGACUUUCGAAUGCUCUUCAACAGCGAGUUGUUCAGCGACAUCUCCUUCCUGGUCCACGGCCACAAGUUCUUCGCCCACAAAUGUGUGUUGUAUGCGCGUUGCGACCGAUUCCGUGCAAUGCUCGGCUGCGGCAUGCGGGAGGCAGCCCAAGAGGAGGUCUCGCAGACGCCUCCACCCCCUCCCAUCACUUCUUCUUCUUCGUCCUCGUCCUCCUCGUCGUCGUCCUCCUCGGCACCAUGCCCAGCUGCGGCGUCAUCGUCUUCGUCAUCGUCGGUACCACCACCAGUGCAUGUUGCGGUUCGGCUGUUCGUCGUGGCCGACUACUACAUGCUCGAUGGCCUCAAGGCAACAUGCGAGAUGGUGAUAGGGCGGGACGUGAUGGAGGAGAACAAUGUGCUGCCCCUCUUGGAACUCGCCAUCCUCCACCAUGGCUCUGCGCUGCUCCGCUACGCCGUCGAUUGGAUUGCUGACCGGCAGGACAUGAUCGAGGUGGGCGGCAGUGAUGACGCCCAACAGCAGCGCCGCCAUGAGUGGCACCAACGUUUGCGAGGGCUAAGCAAAGACGCACAGAAGGUGCUGCGCCAACGGGGCAUUCUGCCUCGCAAGAAAAAGAAGCAGCUGCCCAAGCCAACCGUUUUACCAAACUAA